AUGAGAGCCAACAACAAUGGCCAGCCCAAUGGCAACCCGGCUGCAGCUCUGAGUCAUAACUCAUUGAACUUUUGUCGGCAGCCGACAAUUGCAACGGGCUACGGGCUACGGGCAACGGGCAAUGGCCACCCAUUCUAUCGUUUGCAGUGUAUCGUGGCACAUGUGACAUUCACGAAUCUGAAGUGCAACUUUACGGACAGACAAAUUGGCAAUUUCCAGCAUUGUCACAUCAAGGCUGUGAAUCGUACCCACAAGUAUGUUAGCGUACAUGCGAACAUUUAUACCAAGCCCCUAAAUAAUGUAUCGAUCAACAUUAGGUGCAUGCGCUAUAACUCUGGCUAUAAGCCCUUUUUCUUUGAUGUCACCUUUGAUGCCUGCAAGUUUCUAAAACAGCCGAGGCAUCCCAUUUUAAUAUUAUUUUAUAACACCUUGAAAAAUCGGUCCAACAUGAAUCACACGUGUCCAUACAAUCAUGACAUUAUAGUUGACAAGCUAUAUACUGGCGAUCAUGAGUUGGAAUUUGCACGAUAUUUGCCCGUCCCCAUGGGAGAUUAUGCCAUCUAUGUCAUCUUCUAUGUCUACAAAGUGAAGGCGUGCACCGUUAAUCUUUACCUAAGAAUAACCAAUUAA